AGGAGCCCCCCCCCACUGUAGGAGUUUAGGAUAGCCUCUGUCUCUGCUGCCAAACUCGGUGUCCCUCUCCUCAUUUAACGCGAGGCUGUAUUCACAGCAGGUAACCGGUGUGUGGACUGUGAUGGACCGCUGGAGGGGCAGAGUGGCUCUGGUGACCGGAGCUUCGGUCGGGAUCGGGGCAGCCAUAGCGAAGGAGCUGGUCCGGUACGGUAUGAAGGUGGUGGGCUGUGCCAGGGACGUCGAAAAAAUACAGAAACUGGCAGCCGAGUGUAAAAGUGCAGGCCACAGUGGUGUUUUGGUGCCUUACAAGUGUGACUUGAACAACGAGGAAGAGAUUCUGUCCAUGUUCGCUGCCAUCAAGUCGCAGCACAAGGGGGUGGAUGUGUGCAUCAACAACGCUGGGCUGGCUCAUCCAGAGUCACUGUUGAAUGGCAAAACCAGUGGCUGGAAGAACAUGCUGGAUGUGAAUGUUCUUGCAUUGUGUAUAUGCACCCGUGAAGCGUAUCAGUCAAUGAAAGAAAGAAAUGUUGACGAUGGUCACAUCAUAAACUUAAACAGCAUGAGCGGACAUCGUGUUGUCCCCAGUACUGAUGUACAUUUCUACAGCUCCACCAAAUUCGCUGUGACGGCCCUGACAGAGGGUCUGAGACAGGAGCUGCGUGAAGCAAACACCCACAUCAGAGCCUCAUGUAUUUCUCCUGGUGUGGUGGAGACAGAAUUUGCUCAUCGUCUCUACAGUGACAAUACUGACAAAGCUGCUGCUGUAUACACCAAAUUUAGGCCUUUGGAAGCAAUAGAUGUUGUGAAUGCUGUAACAUAUGUCCUGAGUGCCCCUCCCCAUGUGCAGAUUGGCAACAUUCAGAUGCGACCUGUGGAGCAGGUGUCAUAGUUACGCAACAUGAGACGGCUGAUUUAAUGUACUGACACUGUCUUAAUCUACUUGGUUCACUACAAUUACUUUAUCUGAUCAUGGAAUUAAUUUUGUUUAAAUUUCUACAAUAAAUUGCACUUGUAUGGAAUAAAAUGUCUGAUCUGAAGAUAAAA